AUGGUAUCGCAACAAUCGAAAGAUUUUUUGCCUAUAAAAGUAGCAUCAUGUCAAAAAUAUGUUCAUUGUGCAUCAGAUAUUCAACAGGAAAAGUCGAAAGAAAAAGUGAAAAAGGUAAACACAAGUAUAACUCGAACUAAAUUCGGAUGUCUUGAAGUUGAUAGGCCACUUCAAUAUGCUAGAUAUGAAUGCUUUUGUCGCGACCGAUCAAUUAUGAGCCUUCAGAAAUUCAUCACAAACCUCGAGAUUCAGAGUAAGUAG